UGCUGAGGGGGAAAAUGGCUUCAGGGCUCCAGAUUGAGUGCUGGACCGAGGAGAUCAUUUGCCCGAUUUGUCUGGAUUUCUUCACUGAUCCUGUUAGCCUGGACUGUGGCCACAACUUCUGUCGCUCCUGUAUCACCCGGAGCUGGGAAAAGCAGGAGACAAACCGCUGUGCUGUUUGUCAGGAGACUUUUCCAGAAAAGAACCUCAGGGUUAAUCGGGCCCUGGCGAGUCUAGCAGAGAGAGCUCGGAAAUUCAGCCUGACCCCGACACAGACGGAAAUUAAACUUCACUGUGAGAAACACCAGGAGGAAUUGAAGCUGUUCUGUGAAUCUGACAAGAAAUUACUGUGUGUAGUUUGCAGUCAUGGACAGAAACACAGAGAUCACAGCUUCCUGCCCAUUGAGGAAGCUGUUGAAAUCUACAAGGAACAAGUGAAAUCCUCCUUAGAUUCUCUCACACAGAGGAAGGAAACUGCUCUACAAGCUGAAGCCAAACAGAAACAAAAUAUUUCACAACUUAAGGAACAGGCGAGCAGUCUGCAGACCCAAGUCAAAGAUGAUUUUGCUAAAAUACACCAGAUCCUGACUGACAGAGAGCAGCGGGUGAUGAGAGAUCUCAGACAGCGAGAGGAGGAGAUUUUACAACGGAUGGAGACUAAUCUGCGAGAGAUUCAGAGCAAUAUAGAUUCACUUCAACAAGAAAUCUCAGAGUUACAGACACAGAUGGAAAAAGACGGGCCGAUCUUUUUACAGGAGGAAUCUGCUCGGAAGAGAAGGUAUGAAAUGUUUUUUACCAAAUAUCCCAGAAUUUAAUACACAAACAAACAC